UACUCAAACAUGUUUUCUAUAAAGGUACGUAGCCGCGCAGUUUCCUGAUUCAAAACAGGAAACUGCGACUGUGAGAGAUAUAUAAAUACUAAUAAAAUCAGACUAAAUGGCAAUGAACUCGCUCCCUAUUACAAGAGACAUGACGUAGGUAUGUGCAUAGAUUUAUUUCUUGUGGGUGUAAUACGUCUCUGCAUAAAGAAAAAGACAUUAUGGUAUGUUAUAUUGUAAUAUGUUACAUUAAGUAUUUAAACCACAGUAAUCCCAUAGAAUACUGCAAUAAACAUAUAAUUUAUGCUGUUAUUUGCAAUAUUUAUAAAUAAAACAACUGACAUUAUUUUACAACGUGAAUGCCACAGUUUAAACAGGGGAAGUCGAUUGUUUUGUUAUUUUCCAUAGCGCAACGUUAUUCAGAUUUUGAAGACUCGAAUACAAUGAAGCAUAUUUUUUCUGCUUUAAUCUUAGUUACAUGCCGGAACCCAGUGCGCGUACAUAACGACGGAAAAAUACUUGCAUAUUAUCUCUGACUGAAAGUAAAAAUAAAUUACAAUGUCGGGAGUAUUAUUUAUUGUUCUUGUACCACGAAAGGAAUACGAAGUAAUAUUAAAUAAAAACAUAAAUAAAUCAACAACUAUUUUCGAAAACGAUAAACGCAAGACAGGCAAGAAAACCCAUCUUCCGAUAUCAAAGUGUAUGUCUACACAUUGUUUGGAAACGAACAAAAUUCCUCCUUUAUACAAAACUCGGAGCGAAAAUGUUAUAAAUGUAAGUGACAUGCGCAAAAAUACAACGAAAACCUAUCUAAAAGCGUCUUGGGAAGAAAUGAAGCAAAUGAUGGCGUUAAAGAAAAAUAAAUUGAAAAUUUCACGUUCGGUGCGCGGUGUUGAUAUUCUCGGAGCUUUUCACUGGAAGACACCGCUGGAAAUAAUUCUGCUGGAAAUAUUGGAACGGCUUAAAAUACAUAAUGCGACAUGGACCUCGACCAAAGACAAUACUUCUUAUCAGGUAACUUUCACGCUGGAGUCCGGUAACUUGUGCGAGGAACUGCUGCAAGUGUUGAGAACCUUUGGCAUCGGGUCACGACACAAAUCGUCAGUCAGCGUGGUGCCGUGCACACUGUGUUAUAAAUCCAAUAACCACACCCGUCCCACCGCCGAGCAGGACAACUUCAUAUACGGAAAUGUAUCUAAUUCUGCAUGGUCUCGCUUCUCUUCAUCCGUUAGAGCACGUACAAACUUGGCGCAAGUAGUGCAAGAAGUGAAGACCGAUGCAACAUUGACAUUCGAUUGGUUGUCCCUUCUGACGGUAGCUGCAUUUGUUGCUGCAAUCGGGCUAGUUGAAAACUCAACAGUUGUGAUUGUUGCUAGCAUGCUGAUUUCGCCAUUAAUGACUCCAAUAACAGCAGCAACUUUAGGCACAGCAGUCCGCGAUCGCUCCCUACAACGUAUGGGAGCGAUGCAUGAAAUGAUGGGGUUAUUUUUCUCUUUGGUUAUUGGCUUCAUCUUUGGCCUUGUUAUUUGUGCAAUCGAUGAAAAGUACGAUGUUGUGGGCGAAUGGCCUACCCAUGAAAUGAUUACAAGAUGUGAAUUACGAGCAUUAUGGAUAGGCAUUUUGGUGGCAAUUCCAAGCGGAGCGGCAGUAGCGCUCGCCGUGCUGGGAGAGUAUACCGGCUCGCUAGUCGGAGUCGCCAUAUCCGCCUCGCUAUUGCCUCCUGCUGUUAAUGCUGGCCUUAUGUGGGCAAUGGCAUUAGUCCGCCUAAUAUUUCCAAUGGAAGCGAGUAGGUGGGUAGUAACUCAACCUGUUGAACUCGCAAUGCUCGGGACCACUUCCCUGUGCCUCACAUUGCUUAACAUCAUGUGCAUAUUUCUCGCUGGAGUAGCUGUUUACAAGAUAAAGGAAGUCUGCCCUUUAGACAAAAAAGACAUUCCAUGGUGGAGGAAAAAUUCCAGUUAUAUGAGAGGUGCUCAAGCAGGCGAUGACGUAAAUGAAAAUUCGUUUACGUGGGAUUCUUUCAAAAAAAUUGCUUCUGAUCCAUUGAAGAAUAUUAAUGAAGACACGAAGACCAGUGAAGAGUUAUUGGAAGCAAAUACAGUGGCCUAUCGUCGUCGUUUGAAAAAUCAAUAUUGCUACCAUAAAAAACCAUAUUUUAAUGAAAGCUACGUAACGUCGAAAAUUGAACAGCAACCUAGCAAAUUUGAUGUAGAAAACCCGGUGUUGAAUAAAUCCAAUCACGACAGUGAUAAUAAUAGUAAUGUGAGGAAUAAUCAAGAAAGUGGUACAGAUAAGAAUAUUCGGCCAAUAUUAGAACGAUCGUUUAAAAUAACAAUUGAUUCAAAGAAACCUGAUGUUUUUAUAAAGUCAUUUUACGACGUGUAAUAUCUACAGGGUAUAAUAUAAAAUUUAAAAAA